AAGUACAACUUGAAUUUUAAAUUGUAGAAACUUCUUCAUAACUACCUCUUUUAUUUUAUUGUUAUUACAGGAGGAUACACAUGCUGUGCAUCACACACCUUCCUCUCCAUUGUCUUCACUAAUUGCACUAGUUAUUGAAGAAAAUAAGAAUGCUUUGAGUGAGACAGAAACUGCGACCCAAUAUUUUUCUCUAAGUGAGGGAGAGGAGACACAAUCAAGCAGAAAGAAUCAAGCAGAAGAAAAUCUCAAGGAUACUACAAAACAUACAACUGAGCUAGUUUCCACAGAUGUUUCGAAGACAUAGCCUCUUACACAGCCUCUUACUCAGCAAACACAACACCUUCAGACAAGUGAGGGAGAGCAAUCCGAUGAGACACCAUCAGAGCAGAAUCAAGCAGAAGAAAAUCUCAAGGAUACUACAGAACCUACUACUGAGCUAGUUUCCACAGAGCCUACUACUGAACCUACUACUGAGCAUGUUUCGAAGAUACCGCCUAUUACUCAGAAAACAGAGCAUCUUCAGACAAGUGCUAUAGAUUUUUCAGAAACAAACGAGGUUGAAGUAAGCAGGCUUCUAGCUCACUUUCAAAUAGGCGCAGAGGUUGAGAUUUUGUCUACUGAUGACGAAAUAUGGUAUCCAGGAAAGGUUGUUGAUCUUAAACUGUGUGAAGGACUAGAGGAGCUGACAGUUGAGUACACGACACUCUUCGCAGACCAACAUAGACUUCAGAAACUUCAGGAUACUAUCACGGCUGACAAAAUACGUCCUGCAACACCAACUAGUGACCAAAAAUCCUUUGAGAUGAUGGAUAAGGUAGAAGUCUUUUACAACAAUGGCUGGAGCAGCGGACAAAUUAGCAUGGUACUUGGUGAUAACACAUACUCGGUGUGUCUCUAUACUUCUAUGGAAACUAUUCUAUUCAAACAUUCAGAUUUGCGAAUUCAUAGAGAAUGGAAAGAUGGAGUCUGGAAGAUGGCAGAUAAGGUGAAGCCUGAUAAGAAAAGGAAAGCUGCUGCCUCAUCACAAAAUUCAGGAAUGGAUAAUGUUUUCCUAAGAAGGAGCGAGAGGGUGCCUAAACGAUCUAGAGACACAAAAACUCCAUUCAAGUCUGACAGAAAUCCGGCUUUAACUGUAAUACCUGAGAUUAUACCUGCAGUUGAUCCGUUUUCAACUCCUGCGGAACAUAAGCUUUCAAGGCUUCAAAAUUGGAUGACAUUAAAGCCCGGCAUGCAUGAAACGUCCCUAUCAAUCAAUGAUAAUAAGAUAAGGAAAUCUUUCUUUCAAAGCAUGGAAAAUGCAAAAAAAGACCUUAAGAAAGAGCACAUUGAUGGAGCCUUUGCAAUGCUAAAUUGCAGAAGAAAUGAGAAUGCUGCUUGGUUCCACAACUACAAGAUUCCAAAGGCGUGCUUCCUACCUAUGGAGUUCUUGCAUUGCUUGCUCUCUCAUGAUUUGGCUUACAAGAAAGAAAAGGUCAAAGGUAAAAAGAUUUUCAACGAUUUAUUUAAAGAUAUUGUAAGAGGGAAGGUAUAUCCAGAGAAGACAUGGGGAGAAGAUGUUGAUGUUGUGUAUGGGAUUACUCUUGGAAAAAAAAGCAAUGUCUGGAUUGGGAUGGAAAUUCAUUUGAAGAAGAAAAGAAUCACAGUAUAUGAUUGUUUUCAAAAGGAAAGCAACAGCAUUGAUAUUCCUCAAGUGAAAAAGUUGGCAGUGUUGAUUUCUGAUCUGCUGGUGGAAUCUUCUGGUGAUGAGGUAGAUAAAGUGAAGAUGAUUCCAUUUGAGGUUGAGCAGGCACAAGGUUUACCCAAGACAAAACAUCCUUUCAACUGUGGGAUAUUUCUUGUCAAGAUUCUGGAGUGCCAGUCAUUGAAGAUAGGAGACAUGACAAAGAUUAAUGAUGACAAUGCAUUGGAGCUAAGGAGAACCUUGUCUUGUGAGAUCUUCAACCAAUUUGUGGAUGAGAGCUUUGGGAAAUGAGAAUGAUGCAUCAAAACAUUUUUUGUUUUAGUUAAGACUCGGUUUUAGUUAUGACUGUUUAUUUUGUUAUGUUGUUGGCGUCUGGUUACAUAAGAAAGAUUGGAAGGAUAUCAAGUA